GAGAGCUGCACGGAGAGGCUUAAAGAGACAUCAGCGAAGAGGGAGAAAAAUGAUAAUGGCUUCAAGGAAUGAGCAUUAAAACCGACCGAAUGGGGACUGUCAUCGACUAAAACCACAGAGAUCUAGAUAUCGGAAGAUGUACUUCUGAUGUGACAGUCGUUUCCUCUCAACGCCAAUUUUGAUAUGCUGUGUGUUCAUCCAUGGACACAGGGAAUGCCUGACAAAUCACUGCAGAACCACCUGGAGGGGGUGCAAAGGAUGGAAACCGACGCUGGACAGCACCUCACUUUCACCAGCUAGGGUCGUGCGCAUGUGUGGAUCUCCCAAAGAACGAGCUCCUCUGCGGUUGGAUUUAAGGAAGAUUUCCAUAUGAUGUCCUCAUCCUGAAUCACCCUUGGAUUCCCCCAUCAAUAAAAGCCGUUCAUGUGUAGAGCCAUAUUGUGGAUAAGCCAUUCCCUCCAUUCUCUCUUUCUCUAAAUUCCUCUCCUCCAUCCCAUUCCCCAUACCCCUGUUGCUAGUUGUUUUGGUGGCUCUGUGAUUUUAUGGCAGUGGAGUAAUCGUGGAGAGGCCGGGGUAUCACAAGCUUAUGGAUUUUGAUAAGAGAGGAGGAGGAGGAGGAAAAGGAGAAGCGGAGGACGGAAAGAGAAUGUCUAAGACUGGCGGGAGCAGGACAGGGCAUGGGGGCAGCCGAGGCUCCGGGAACAACACUGGGGUGCUUAUGGUCGGCCCGAAUUUUCGGGUGGGAAAGAAGAUUGGCUGUGGGAAUUUCGGCGAGCUUCGACUCGGGAAGAAUCUUUACACUAAUGAAUAUGUGGCCAUUAAACUGGAGCCAAUCAAAUCAAGAGCACCCCAACUCCAUCUCGAAUACAGGUUUUACAAGCAGUUGGGAAUUGCAGAGGGUGUUCCUCAGGUCUACUACUUCGGGCCUUGUGGGAAAUAUAAUGCCAUGGUGCUGGAGCUGCUGGGACCCAGUCUAGAGGACCUUUUUGACCUCUGUGACAGAACCUUUUCACUUAAGACCGUCCUAAUGAUAGCCAUUCAGCUGAUCACACGGAUGGAGCUUGUCCACACAAGAAGUCUGAUCUACAGGGACGUUAAGCCUGAAAACUUCUUGGUGGGCCGACCGGGGACCAAGAGGCAGCAUACAAUCCACAUCAUCGACUUUGGGCUUGCCAAAGAAUACAUCGACCCCGAGACCAAAAAACACAUCCCUUACAGGGAGCACAAGAGUUUAACAGGGACGGCUCGCUACAUGAGCAUCAACACACACCUGGGGAAGGAGCAAAGCAGGCGGGAUGAUUUGGAGGCGCUAGGUCAUAUGUUUAUGUACUUCCUACGAGGCAGUCUGCCUUGGCAAGGCUUGAAGGCUGACACGCUGAAGGAGCGCUAUCAAAAAAUUGGAGACACCAAAAGGGCAACCCCUAUAGAAGUGCUCUGUGAGAGUUUCCCCGAAAUGGCCACCUACCUGCGCUACGUGCGGAGAUUGGAUUUCUUUGAAAGACCGGAUUAUGAAUACUUGAGAAAACUCUUUACAGACCUCUUCGACAGAAACGGCUAUGUUUUCGACUAUGAAUAUGACUGGGUUGGCAAACCACUGCCGACUCCAAUAGGACCCAUGCCUAGUGACACACCACUGCAGCCCAGCAACAGAGACAAAGCACAACCACAGACCAAAAACCAGUCUCCAGAACCUAAAGGAAGUGAGUCCCAGCCCACUCCCGUGACCAACAGGGAGCUCCUGGGGUCGCACCUCACGGCCGAUAGGCUGGGGGGCUCUGUCCAGGUUAUGAGCUCGACCAACGGAGAAGUGAAUACAGACGAUCCCACAGCGGGACACUCCAAUGCUCCCAUAACUGCCCCAGCUGAGGUGGAGGUGGCCGAUGAUACAAAGUGCUGUUGUUUUUUCAAGAGGAGGAAGAGGAAAGCGCUCCAGCGGCACAAGUGAGGAACAUCUUUGAAACGUUAAAAGUCACUGGUGCGUUUAAAGAAAAAACUAAAAAGAAAAAAAAAACUAAAGUAAAAGACUUGAGCUGAAACGUGGAGCAACUCCCUCCCUUUCUGUCUCUGCUCCACUUCAGAACAGAAAGUCACUGCCUCACUUUCGGCAUCCGCUCAGAGAGACUCACCUCAGUACUCGGACACUCUUUCUAAAGAAACUAUUCAGUGGAACAAAUAAAUAUAUUUGUACAAUGUGGGACACCAGAGGAGACUUCAGUGGUCAGAUAUAAGACGAAAUAUAUACGUUAUGUGACUUAAACCCAGAUGGACUGUUUAAACUUGUAUUUUAGAAAACCAUUAUUUGAGAACUUAAAGGCAAGCAGACUCGCAUACACGUACACACACACACAGACAUCCGUUCACCUUGACACACUGGCUGGAUGAGUGAGUGAGUGAUGUGCUCCAUGGUGUUUUCUUUUCUUAUUUUUUAUUAUUAUAAUGGGAUCAAUAUCUGCGAGGAAAGACUGAAGGAGAAAUGUACAUCGGAAUCAGACAAACCAAUUGUGUAAAUUGUCUUUCCUUUUUUCUCUCAUUUUAUUUUUGUAAUUUAAAGAAGUUGUUUUGAAGAUCUGCUCUCCUUGAAUUGAACAGUUUUAUCUAUGUUGUAGAAAGUGUGAACUUUUUUUUUUUUUUAACUCGCUCCUAGUGUUCAUUUUCUCUCUCUUUCUUUUUACUUCCUCGUUUUUUCUGUUGAUGUGGAUGAGGAGGUUGCACACAGUGGCUGGUCUCAGGUACUGUGGGAGAUGGAGAGAAACAAAAACGUCACCUCUCCUCUGUGAAUUGCACUUUUAGGGAGGAAAAAAAACAAAACAAAAAAAAAACGCAAACCGUUAUGCCAUUGAAAUGAACGGGAAUAAACGCAAGACGUGGGAUCAUUUACACAGCAGGCUGGUCUCUCCCAAAGGGACGAAAGUGAUUCUCUCAGUCAAACUUGUGCUUUUGUUGUUUUUCGCUUUAGAUUAUGUUACCUGGGAAUCAUAGUUUGUGCCUUUCCAAGUAAACAUUUAACACUAACGUGUCCCUCUCUACGAUUCCUAUCCAGGUGAGGCAUCCACGGCCCUCUCAGAUGGUUUGUUCUGCGCUCCAUGCCAGUUAUUUGAGUCUGUUGGCAUUUCUCAGAUUUCUUUUUCACUGUUGUAAAGUGUAUCAUAGCAAAGCUCCAUGACUGCGAGUCUGUGGGUUUAUUCGCAGUAACAGAGGUUGCCUAUCAGAGUGAGGAUGUGUAUUGAUUUACAUACCUAUUAAAUGUUGCUUUUCUUCUAUGCCUCAUAA